AUGAAGUACCUAAAUGUUGCAGAAAAAAAUAAUGCAGCAAAAAAUAUUGCAAUCCAUUUAUCACAAGGAACUCAGAUUUGGAGGGAAGGCUUAUUGCAAUAUAACAAGAUAUACGAAUUUGAAGCUGAAGUUUUGGGGCAAAAAAGCCAAAUGGUCAUGACAUCUUUGUCUGGUCACCUUCUAACUUUGGAUUUUUAUGGUGCUUAUAAAAACUGGCAAUCUUGCAAUCCCCUUGAACUUUUUGAUGCUGAAGUUUUCAAGUCUUGCAUAAUAAAGUAUGAGGAGAUCAAGAAAACAUUAGAAAGAGAGGUCCGUGGUUGUCAAGGGCUCAUUAUCUGGACAGAUUGUGAUAGAGAAGGUGAAAACAUAGGUUUUCAGAUUAUAGAAGUAUGUUCUGCUGUUAAGAAUGACUUGAAGAUUUUCAGAGCAAAGUUCUCUGCGAUAACGGAAUUUUCUGUGAAAAUAGCUUUACAGAAUUUGGAACAACCUAACAAGAAUAUUAGUGAUGCAGUUGAUGUGCGACAGGAGUUGGACUUCAGAAUUGGUGCUGCAUUCACUCGGUUCCAAACACUACGUCUCCGAAAGGUUUUCCCGAAAACUAUUGGCAAGAGCGUUGUUAGUUAUGGUUCUUGUCAGUUUCCAACUCUGGGAUUUGUGGUGGAAAGAUAUAGAGCUGUUGAGAACUUUGUUGCGGAACCGUUUUGGAAAUUAACAGUAAAUCACACAAUGAAUGGCUUGAGCGUCGAUUUCAAUUGGGAAAGGGUGAGGCUCUUUGAUCAAAAAGCUUGCCGGGUAUUACACGACACAUGUAAAGAGAGUCCUCUUGCUACGGUAACUGACGUCACAACGAAACCUAAAUCAAAAAGGCGUCCUUUGCCGUUAACCACUGUGGAAUUUGAAAAAUUGGCGUCAAGAAAAUUAAAUAUAAACGCCAAAAAAGCUAUGGAUUUUGCGGAAAAGUUAUAUAUGGAUGGUCUGACAAGCUAUCCUCGUACAGAAACAAACGAAUUUCCAGAGGAAAUGAAUCUGGAGCAAUUGGUGGGUCUACACACCGACGAUCCCAAUUGGGGUGCGUUUGCGCAGAAUAUUUUGGAUAAUGGUGGACCUACUCCCAGACAAGGAAAUAAGAGUGAUGGGGCCCAUCCGCCUAUUUACCCCACAAAAUAUAUCGAUGGGCAACUAUUGAAAUUACCGGAGCGACGCCUAUACGAGUUGAUUGUUCGUUCGUUUCUCGCCUGUUGUUCCAAAGACGCACAAGGCCAAGAGACCACAGCUACUAUUAAUAUUGCCAAUGAAGUAUUCUCAGGCAACGGGCUAAUGAUAACCGCGAGGAAUUAUUUAGACGUAUAUCCAUAUGAUGAUUGGUCGUCUACGGAAAUUCAUGUCUAUCAGUCAGGACAAACAUUUAACCCGUCAUGUAUAGAUCUCGUGGACGGAAGUACGUCACCGCCGAACUUAUUAACGGAAGCGGAUCUUAUCGAGCUCAUGGAAGAACAUGGCAUUGGCACGGACGCAACACACGCAAAUCACAUUGAAAAAAUAAAAGAACGGUCUUAUGUAAAAUUAGAUGAUGGCAUAACAUUCGUUCCUGACCUGUUGGGUAUGGGGCUAGUCGAAGGAUAUGAGAGGAUAGGUCUUAAUCUGUCAAAACCGCAUUUGCGAGCGCAAUUUGAAGCCGAUUUGAAAGCGAUAUCCGAAGGAAGAAAGCAGCCACAAGUUGUUAUGGCAGAACAGGUUGCGAAAUACAAAGAAGUAUACUUAAAAGUUACAGCGGAAGCAAAUAAAAUAGAUGGCGCUCUUGCUGAGAGAUUUUCCGAAAAGCCCAAUACAGACCCCAAUAAAGAUAAUGUUAUGUGUGAAUGCAGGCUUACGUGUAAAAAGUUAACUGUCAGCAAAGAAAGUCAAAAUAAAGGGCGCCCCUUUUACGCCUGCCCCAAGGAUAUCAAAAAACGAUGCAAAUUCUUUCAAUGGGCAGAUGGGGAAACUUCAACCAGCUCGGGAUGGAGUACCAAUGGAAGAGGUCGGAAACGUGCAUAUAGUAGUUCGGAUGAAUGGACGUACGGCGAGUAA